UUAGAACUAACAAGAUAAGGUACAGAGACAGAGAGAAAGAAAUAGAGAGAAUUUUUCUGGCUCUCUAGCAAUUGAAAGGUUAGGAAAAUAUGUUGACAUUAUCAAGGAUGAUCAUUAUCCCUGAUCCAAAGAUCAAACCCCACCUUCAAUCAAAGAGAAAUGGCAAACACGGUGGAGCUCUAUGGGCAAAGAAGCCAGACUUGAAUAGCAGCUCUCAUGCUGAAGAACCCACCUUCAUUAGGCUUGGGGUCCCAAAUGUCUUCCUUGCAAGAGCUGCUAUUGCUGUCUUUAGCCUUGGAUUUCUUGAUGCAGGGUACAGCGGAGAUUGGUCUCGGAUAGGAGCAAUUUCGAAAGAAACUGAGGAUCUGUUGAAAUUUGCAGCUUAUUUGGUUGUGCCAUUGUGUCUUUUACUAAUAUUUUCAAUCUCCGACAAGGACAAGUAUUCUCAAUGAACUCCCUACUGUUUUAUUGGUCA